UCCGAGAAAAGGGCGUCCUCCUUUCAUGUUUGUCUCCCCGGAGGAGGAAGGGGCGGUCUCUGCGCCUCACCACAGCCGGAAUUAGCGCUGCUCGCUCGGCUAGGCUCGGUUCGCGUCCCGCCGACUCAGGAACGGGACCGGAGAAAGAGAGAAAGUGAGGGAGAGAAGCUCGCAACAUUUUACCAGGAAGAGAAGAAGCAGAAAGAGAGAAGGCGGCCGGAGUUUACAGAGUCUGCGGAGAGCAGCGGGAAUUAAACCGAAGAAGAAGAGAGGAGGAGCGGGAGCCCAGGAGAAGGAGAAGAAGAAGAAGGAGAGGAUGCCUCUGGCUCAGCUGGCGGAUCCCUGGCAGAAGAUGCCGGUGGGAGGAACGGCUGGAGAGGAGACGCACCACGACCCGGAAGACACAGCGGGGGACGACGACUCGAUGCCGGCCUGCACCGAUGAUGUUCCCAUCAAAGAGAUCAGCAUCACCCACCAUGUGAAGGAGGGGUCGGAGAAGGCCGACGCGCGGCAGUUCGAGCUCCGGAAAGUUCUGGGUCAGGGUUCGUUUGGGAAGGUGUUUCUGGUGAGGAAGGUCACAGGACCGGAUGCAGGUCAGCUCUACGCCAUGAAGGUCCUGAAGAAAGCCACGCUGAAAGUUCGCGACCGGGUCAGAACCAAGAUGGAGAGGGACAUCCUGGUGGAGGUCAACCACCCCUUCAUCGUCAAGCUGCAUUACGCGUUUCAGACGGAGGGGAAACUUUACCUCAUCCUGGACUUCCUGAGAGGAGGAGACCUGUUCACCCGCCUCUCCAAGGAGGUCAUGUUCACUGAGGAGGACGUAAAGUUCUACCUGGCAGAGCUCGCGCUGGCCCUCGACCACCUUCACGGCCUCGGCAUCAUUUACAGAGACCUGAAGCCUGAAAACAUCCUGCUGGACGAGGCCGGACACAUCAAGCUGACAGACUUCGGCCUGAGCAAAGAGUCGAUAGACCACGAGAACAAGGCCUACUCCUUCUGCGGGACGGUGGAGUACAUGGCGCCCGAGGUGGUGAACCGGCGGGGACACACGCACAGCGCCGACUGGUGGUCGUACGGCGUACUCAUGUUUGAGAUGCUAACGGGAACGCUGCCGUUCCAAGGCAAAGACCGGAAGGAGACGAUGACAAUGAUCCUCAAAGCCAAGCUGGGAAUGCCGCAGUUCCUCAGCUCAGAAGCUCAGAGUCUCCUCAGGAACCUGUUCAAACGCAACCCAACCAACAGACUGGGCGCCGGCCCGGACGGCGUGGAGGAAAUCAAGAGGCAUUCGUUCUUCAGCCGGAUCGACUGGAACAAACUUUUCCGCAGAGAAAUUUCUCCUCCGUUCAAACCGGCCGUCGGUCGACCUGACGACACUUUCUACUUCGAUCCGGAGUUCACGGCGAAAACGCCCAGAGACUCGCCGGGCGUCCCGCCCAGCGCCAACGCCCAUCAGCUCUUCAGAGGCUUCAGCUUCGUGGCCAUAACGGAGGAAGAGCCGACGCCGAUGCCUAAUACCAUCGUACAGCAGCUUCACAGAAGCACGUCCCAGUAUUCGGAUACCUACGAGAUCAAAGAGGACAUCGGCGUCGGCUCCUACUCCAUCUGCAAGCGCUGCAUCAACAAAGUCACCGGCAUGGAGUACGCCGUGAAGAUCAUCAACAAGGGCAAGAAGGAUCCAACAGAGGAAGUGGAAAUCCUGCUGAGAUACGGACAGCAUCCGAACAUCAUCACCCUGAAGGAUGUGUAUGACGACGGUCGCUCGGUGUUCCUGGUGACGGAGCUGAUGAAGGGAGGAGAGCUGCUGGAUAAGAUCUUGCGGCAGAAGUUCUUCUCCGAGCGGGAAGCCAGCGCCGUGCUCUACACCAUCACCAAGACCGUGGAGUAUCUGCACGUCAACGGGGUGGUGCACAGAGACCUGAAGCCCAGCAACAUCCUGUACGUUGACGAGAGCGGCAACGCAGAGUCCAUCCGGAUCUGCGACUUCGGUUUCGCCAAACAGCUGAGAGCCGAGAACGGCCUGCUCAUGACCCCGUGCUACACCGCCAACUUCGUUGCUCCAGAGGUGUUGAAGAAGCAGGGAUAUGACGCAGCAUGUGACAUCUGGAGUCUGGGCGUUCUGCUCUACACGAUGCUAACAGGUUUUACUCCUUUUGCUAAUGGUCCAGAAGAACCAGAGGAGAUUCUGGCACGGAUCGGCAGUGGGAAGUUCUCCCUCACUGGAGGAUACUGGAACUCUGUCUCUGCUGAAGCAAAGGAUCUGGUGUCUAAGAUGCUGCAUGUAGAUCCUCAUCAGCGACUGACUGCGGCUCAAGUCCUCAGACAUCCCUGGGUGAUGCACAGAGACCAGCUGCCCAAAUACACCCUGAACAGACAGGAUGCACCACAUCUGGUCAAGGGCGCCAUGGCCGCCACCUACUCGGCCCUGAACCGGAACGUUCCUCCGGUCCUGGAGCCAGUGGGCUGCUCCACUCUGGCACAGCGGAGGGGGGUGAAGAAAAUCACCUCCACCGCUCUUUGACUUCCUCCUCCUCCUCUUCUUCCUGUCAACUCUGACCUCGAUCUGAUCGCCGCCGGACCCUCCUACGGUCCGGUCCGGUCCAAUUGGACAGACUACUGAUGAACCUGAGAGCCGCUUACGCCAAAUAGAAGCACAGCCUGUCUCCGCCCCGCCCUGCACCUUACUGGGUUCUCCUGACUCUCAGCUUUAGCAUCACCAAUCAGCACAAACACAAACCCGAGGGCCCGUGGGCCCGGCCUCUGCUACGGACAAUCAGCGCUUCCUGUCCACUCCGAUUCUACGUCAGAAAAACAAAAGUAUUUAUUAACGUCUGACGGGAAAUCAUAGGAACAAAGCAACGUAAGGUAAGGUAGGCGUUCUAAAGAGCUAGGAUCAUUGUUAUCUGGGUAGUUGUAUAUUCUGCAUUUAAACCUCAAGUAGCCUCUGAGACGACUGAAGUCCAGAUCAGCUCAGGAAGCAGCCGCCUGGGACUGUCGCUGUUCGCCUUUUAAAAGGGAAACCAACAUUUCACUGGAGCCACAAGUUUUAAAAUCCAUCCUGUUGGGAAAACUUUUUCUUUUUCCACUUUUUCAUCGUUCAGGAACAAAACAGCAAAAUGUUUCAAACAUUCACCAUCAAAACCUUUUGUUUCUGCCAACAUUUAUCCAAAAAACAACAUGGAAAAUACUCUGGAAUCAAACUGAACUGAAAUCUGCAAAAAGAGUUUUAUGGCAUUCUGCUGCCCCCUAGUGACCACAACAGGUAUAACAAGCCAUGUUCACCUAUUUUGUCUAAUUUAUCUUUUUAUUUUUGGAAUAUGAUAAACUUAUAUUUGACACCAAAUAUCAUAAACAUUUUUGGUUGCUGUCUAAUCUGGUCAGCAACAGAUUUAUGCAGAUUAGGGAGCAACUAAAUCUGUGGUGCUCAGUUUUUCUCAUUUAGCUUUUGGAAAUAAAAUUAAUUUAAAAUUUCAGUUAUGUUCAAAACAAAAUUCAAUAUAUGGGAAAUUACCUUUUAUGUCCUACCAGUCAAAAAAGUAACAAUUUAUAAAAUAAUUUUUAAUCCAGAUUAAAUGUUUGGUUUUGUCCCAAUAAGUUGCUAUUUUUACCUCAACACUAAAAAGAAAAUCACACAUAAAAUAAAAAAUACACUUGCAGGUAUGUUUGUGAUGACAUUUAAUAGUAGAAUAGAUGAUGUUUAUGUAAAUGUAUUUAAAAAUAGAGAUAUCUCCUGAUGCGUUUCCUGUGUGACUCGGAUGAAGCAGUGAUGUCAUCUGGUGCCGUUUAGAGCGCCACCGCUUGGCCACACUUCACACCGCAAACAUUGUUUAGAGUCUCAAUUAGUAUUUUGAUUCAAUUAUACUUUUUAUAAAGUUUAUUUUAAGUUUGGUGAACUUCUUAGAGUUUUUAACCUCAGAAAGUUUAUUUUAACUGUCAUGAUGCCACACACCUUUUCUCUCUACCUGAAUUACUUUCAUGCCCGCAGUUUCAUCUCUACAAAUAAAACUUAUACAUCAGAACGUUGGUAUUUCUGUCCUCUCGACCCGGUGUGUCUGUCAGAGUUCACAAUUGAUCCCAUUGUAAUUUCUAUCAAAAUUAGCAUUGAAGAGUCUCUAUUAGCCGCCAUAUUGUAAAACACUGUGGAUAUAUAAAGUUUUUCUUAUGUGGCUUCAGGAACGUUAUGCUUCACACGGUUAAAGAAUUAUUAAUUAUAACUUACAGUUUUCACACAGUUCGUUUGCGGCUGAAACUCCUGGUUAUGUUUCUGGAAAAGGCGGGAAUCACCUUGGCAACUUGUUCUUACCAGUUAUUGUUUUUCCAUGAUGGAAAGUAAAAGCAUUUAUCAGGAGGAAAUCUGAGCACCACUGAUUUAAAUCCCCUCCCAGAUUUUCACAGGAAUAAUUCAGGAACCGUUUCAGGAUCUAAAAGCGGCUUGAAGUGUUUCCCGUCCGCCAUCUUUAGAUGGUCCAGAGCCGCCUGCUUCCUCGCAGCGCCGCCUGAAGCUGCAUCUCUGCCUCUCAGUACGAGCCGUCGGUGCAACAGCACUGUAAAUAUGAACGUGUGACUCAGGUUUCUACGAAUCAAGACGAUGCAUUUUUGUAGGAGGAAAACACAAGAACACGAGCGAACAGGCCAACAAAACGCUCCUAUUGUCAGACGUCUGAGUUAAAGCGGGAACAUUUUACACGUCCAGUUUGUCUUUCCAGAUUUUUGUUUUUCUCUCAAAGUCUUAAAAACGUGACCUCUGGAGGUUUUGAUUAGAAAUCAAGCUCUUCCGUUGUUGGUGUUGCGUUCCUGUGAUCUGUGUUCAGCAUUUAUGCCUGAUGAUUAUAUGUUGAUCGUGAUUCUCUGGUAGCAAACCCUCUAAAAACUGAGCAGAAAAACAUUACAGACAUUCCAGCAGUUGGCUUCACCUGGGAGGACAAACUGUUAACCCAUGCUAACGGUUAGCACCAUGCUAACAAUUGGCAUCAUGCUUGUUCUGUAGAUUGAACAGAAAACUAAUCUUUCCAGAAAAUAAAUCCGUCUGAACCGAAGCUGAAUUACACUCCUCGAGCUCAGCCACCAGGGGGCGCUGUAUUUAUUUAAAUUCUUUGACCAAACUAUUGGUCAAAGAAUUAGUCAUCAGUGAAAUUAAUCCUUGCUUCUGGUGCAAAAUGGUGGAGGACAAAUGAAAGUGAAAAGUCAGAAACUGUAAACUGGACGACCUCGGAGGCCCAUUUUCACCGAAAUAAAAAUAUUAAACACGUCACAUAAACGUCUAAAUCAUAAACGAGUCUUUCUCUGGGUAAAUCAAAUGUGAAAAAAUUUAAACAAAUGUUUCCUCACAGAAGUCAAGCUUGAAAUAACAUUUAACGUAAAUAUUUCAAAUCAAAUAAUUUUAUUUGUAUAGCACGUUGCAGCAACAAGGUUUAAAGUGCUUUACAUGAUAAAUAUUUAUCAUAAAUGUAAUCUUUUUAAAUUGUCUUUUCUCUUUUCUUCAGUAAUGACUCUUAAGUCCACAUUUAGACUCUGAAGAUACUUUGUGAUCUUUAUUUGUUUUAACUGGUGAAAUCGGGCCUCCACUGACGUCUGCGACUGAAUUUUUAAAAGCAAAAAUAAAUUUCUUCACAGCAGGAAUCCCACUUCUGUAUCAUGGAACAUUAAAAACUUUCUGUG